AUGGAUGAAGAUUCAAUACCACCACCACCUCCACCGCCACCUCCGUUUCUGACCGAAAAUGUUAUUGCCGAUGAUAAUAAUGACGAUAUCUUUCCACACUUUCUUAAUUCCUCGCUAAUAUUCCCAUCAAUGUCGCAAAACCCAUAUUACCCAACUAAUGGUUCACUUGUAACACAAAACUCUCAAUUUGCUAUGGAGAAUAUAGACUGGAUGAGCGCUAUGAUCAAUAGUAAGCCCAUGGAAGAUUGCAACCAAAUGCCGCCAUCAACCUGUGCGCCAGUACUAUCUUCUAUGGAUAACACUCCAAAUAUUAGCAGUGGAGGAGGAGACUGUCAGAAUAACUGCAUAAACAAAAGGAAAGGUACAGGUAAAACCAAGAAACCUAUUCCUCCAAGGGUUGCAUUUCAUACACGGAGCUCCGAGGACAUUCUUGAUGAUGGUUACAAGUGGCGCAAAUAUGGCCAGAAAUCUGUUAAGCAUAGCAAACAACCACGGAGUUACUACCGAUGCACACAUCACACCUGCAAUGUGAAGAAGCAAAUCCAGCGUCUUUCCAAAGAUAACAGUGUUGUAGUGACAACUUAUGAAGGAAUUCAUAACCAUCCUUGCGAGAAAUUAAUGGAGACCCUCAGUCCCCUUCUCAGGCAACUUCAGUUUCUCUCUAGAUUCUAGCUAAUUGUAUACACACACACAGAGUACAUUCACCUCUGUUCAAAGUAUUAUGUUUCUCAUUGCUAACCAUGUAAGUAUGUAGUUUUUAUCUUAAUGUCAAUGACUUCUAAUCCAUUUUAUUAUGUGUCAAUUUACAA